AUGAGAUGUUCUCCGAACGCGCAUCCUCGGCCUGCAUUUCCCCAUCCUGAUGCCCGAGGCAGCAGAUCUGCAGUAAGCGAGCGGGUGGAGCUGGAGGGCGCGGCGGGACGCAGUCGGCGGUGGGCAGGGACCCUGGGCUCCGCUCAGCCCCUGGUGGAGAGCGGAGUGCGCGGUUCGGCGCCCCCGGCGGUCUGGGCGCGGUGCGGAGACGCGCGAGGCCAGCAAGGGGAGCUGCAGGGUAACUUUUCCCAGGGAAAGCGGCCGGUCGUCCUCCCCAGAAGCCUCCCUGCCUUUUGUUUGUUUUCCUGCCGGAGGCUGGAGCGCGGCCGGGUGCCUGCCGCUCACCAUGCGCCGCGCGGCCCGCGCCUCUCGCCGGCGCCCUCGGGCGUCCCUAAGUCCACCCCUCGGUCCGUCCUAGCGGGGAUCGCCCCGCUCCCGCCCCUGCUCCCCCGGCGGCCCCGCGCCUGCCCUCGGAGGAGCCGCGCUCCCCUCAGGGGCGGGCCCCCGCCUAUCCUCGCGGCGCUGGUGAUAACACUUUGCUUCUUCUUCAGACCUCCAUUCUGCCUCUUCUCUGAAGGGUUGUCAGAGCUCUCCCUCCUCCCAAGAGUUGGCUGCUCUCUCUGCUGUGUGCUCAUAGCACUUCCUACAUUUUCCAUGUAUAUGUCAAUCAUGAAUUAUUUAGAGGGAGGGCUCUCCCCUUAUCCAUAAUGUGCCCCAGAAACUUUGCAUAGUGCUGGGCAUCUUGGUAAACUUUAAUAAAAUCAGAUACACUCUCAACCUGACUUCAGUGCCUGAAGAGACUUGAGUCUGAUCCAUUUUACAGUCAAUAUUUAAUUAUCUGAAAUAAAAUUAAAAAGCAGCGGCCGUAGUACGGUGAGGGCCAAAUCUUGCCAGAGUAAUUGAAUUUUGUUCUAUGACAAUAUGACAAAUUGUAACAAGGCAGAAUCAUAGGACAACUGUGUACCGAAUGAAUGACUUAUUCUAUCCUAAAGUUCUUAAUUCUUUCACGGAUAGCUUUCUCAGUGAUAAUCUAGGAAGACCCUGUCCCAAUUAUACAGUUUUAGUAGCCAUCAAAGAAAGGCUUCUAUGAUGAAUAAUUAGUAGAUAUGAAUCAGGAAUAUAAUGACAUUUCAAAAAAGGGUAGGGGAGAGCCCACAUGCUGCUGGACUAUAGGUCAUUAUUAAGUUAUAGUCGCCACAGUUCCUCAAGGAGAUGGAGGCAUGUGCGAGGAUUCAGAGAUGAAUGCCAGAGACAAUUAAAGGAGUGGAAAAUGGUCCUAUGAGGAAAGGUUGUGUAAUUACAGCCAGAGGAGACUGAGAGACACACAUUUGAUUACUAAUUUCAUAUAUAUAUAUACACACACACACAUUUUGGUGAGAUAGUUUUUUUAUGUGUGCAGAAAACUAAGCAAGAGGAAACUAGGUUAAAUUAGAAUAGGCAGGUUUUGGUUGGACAUUAAGAAAAACAUUCUCACUAACUGGAUUAUAAAAUGCAAAUCUGAUCAUGUUAUUUUCUAGUUAAAUAAACUUGACUCCUCAUUGUCUCUAGGUCAAAGCUUACUUUAGAAAAAUAAAGCAUGUAAUAAAUUACAUUGCAUUAGCUGGCUGAUUUUUUUCUAUUAUAGUUGAUUCACAAUGUUAUGUCAAUACAGCUAAGUGACCCAGUUAUAUAUAUGUACACUUUUUUUUUUCCACAUUGUCCUCCAGCAUGUUCCGUCAC